AUGAGUAAUAUCCGAACAUCGCAAACGCAGCGGCAAUCUACUCGUCUGCAUGGAUUCGAAUCUUCUCGUGUAUUAGAUGAAGUGGCAAGAAAGCGACGUUUGAGAAAACAGCUUGAAGCUCUUGAGCAGGCCAGUUUUUUUUUGUUUCGCACGAGAAUCACAUCAGAUAAUUUUCAUGAAGAUCCCCAUGCACAUCUUCAGUGGCACAAGAACAUCCCUAAAUUUGAAGAUGAACAGCAAGGGCAGUCUUCAUCAGCUCGAAAGACAGACGCCGAAUCAGGAAGGAAAAGAAAAAAAUUCAAAGUAGAGCAUCGCAAGCAAAGAUUCCGAAAAAACUUCUCAGCUUUAGUAGAAGAAACGUUGUCAACAACAGGAAAAAUGACAGGUUUUGAUGCAUAUGAAGCUGCUAGGGCAUUACCAAGUCGCAUACCACCACGACAUUUUUGUGCAGGCUGUGGCUUUUUUGCCAAGUACUCCUGCAUAAGAUGUGGCACACGGUACUGCUCGAUUAGCUGCCGAGAUUUACAUAAUGAUACCAGGUAA